CUUUCCGUAGUCGCAGCUCUCAUCUGCUGUCUCUUGACGAACAUUUCAUUUUAAGAUGUAGAUAUUUGUUUGUUUUUCAUAUUAAAUGAAUAAUGUCUUUGAAAGGGACGUCGCGAGGUUUUUAUUUUAAUACUGUUCUGUCUCUCGCGCGUUCUCUGGCUGCUCAUCGACCCGCUCCGCUUGACAAGGUCCAGAAGCUACAAUGCAUGUGUCCCGUGGACAUCCGUGGUGUUUUCCAGCUGGAUGAGCGGAGAAGAGAUGCUGUGAUCGCCCUCGGCAUCUUCCUGGUGGAGUCUGAGCUGCAGCACAAGGACGCUAUUGUCCCGUACUUGUUGGGUUUGCUGAAGGGACUACCCAGGGUGCAAUGGAUCGAGGAGAGCUCAGAGAGAAAAGGACGAGAAACGCUUCCCGUUGCGGAGAAUUUCUCCUUGUGUUUGGUGACCAUGCUCUCGGAUGUUGCUCAGAUGGACGAGUCCAUGCGAAUCCAGAUUUUGGAGGCUGUAAUGAACCUCAUGCAGGUGCUACAGGAAAUGUGUCAGAACAUCGAAGGCCAAGAUAAAGAAUACCUGUGUAAAUACACAGUGCCCUGUCUGCUCGGCGUGGUGCGAGCGUUUGGCCGCUACAGCAACACAGAGGAGCCGCUGCUGUCCAAACUCUUCCCACGGGUCAGUCCUCAGCCCUUGGGCGCAGGAGACGGGGUGGAAGUGACCCGACGACGAUCCUUUAAUGAUUUCCGCUCCAUCCUACCCAGCUCGCUCCUCACCGUCUGCCAGAGCGACACUUUACGCCGUAAAACCAGCAGCGUUUCCAGCAUCUCACAACAGGCCAGUCCAGAACGUGUGGGACUUCCUCCCAGUUCUCCUGCUGACCCUUCAGCUCCUUAUUUUGAAGCAGGUUCUUAUCUGCCGGAUGGCAGCGCUGUGGACCCCGACUACUAUUUCUCCACCAUAAGCUCCAGCUUCUCCGUCUCGCCGCUCUUCACUGGCAGCAACAGUAAAGGGUUUGAUGUACCCCUGGAUUUACUAAGGCAGCUUAUGCAAAUGGUCGAGCAGUUUGUGUCAGAAUCUUUUAUGAAGACACUGGAUCAGACUAUGGCUGAAGUUCUGGAGGUCAAUGCACCAAUGUUCUACAAGACAUUCAGUGAUCCGCUGUAUGUGGCCAUCUUUAAAAUGCUGAGGGACACUUUAUACUACAUGAAAGACCUGCAGGUGUCGUUCGUGAAGGAGGUUCAUGACUUUGUUCUGGAGCAGUUCAGCAGCAGUCAGUCUGAGCUGCAGAGGAUCCUGCAUGACGUGGAGUAUCUGCACAGCGAGCUGAACCCACUCAAACUGCGCUGCCAGGCCAACGCCGCCUGCGUGGACCUCAUGGUGUGGGCCGUCACAGAGGAGCAGGGUGCAGAAAACCUCUGCACAAAACUGUCUGAGAAGCUGCAGUCCAAGACGUCCAGUAAGGUCAUCAUCGCUCACAUGCCUCUGCUCAUCUGCUGCUUACAGGGUCUCGGACGGCUGUGUGAGCGUUUCCCUGUGGUGGCUCAUUCAGUCACCAUGUCUCUAAGAGAUUUCCUAGUGGUACCUUCACCUGUGCUAGUGAAGCUCUACAAGUACCACAGUCAGUACACCACAGGAACAGGAGAGAUCAAGAUCCAUGUGACCAAUGAACAUUCCCAGUCCACCUUCAGUUCUCACUCCAGUAAGAAGAGCCAGCCAUCCAUGUAUGAGCAGCUCCGAGACAUUUCCAUCGACAAUAUAUGCAGGUGUUUAAAAGCGGGGUUGUCCAUGGACUCAGUCAUCGUAGAGGCUUUCCUAGCCAGUCUAUCCAACCGUCUUUACAUCUCGCAGGAAAAUGACAAGGAUGCCCACCUCAUCCCCGAUCACACAAUUCGAGCAUUAGGGCACAUCGCCGUGGCUCUGAGAGACACUCCCCGCGUGAUGGAGCCCAUUCUACAGAUCCUGCAGCAGAAGUUCUGCCAGCCUCCAUCCCAGCUCGACGUCCUCAUCAUAGAUCAGCUGGGCUGUAUGGUCAUCACAGGAAACCAAUACAUUUAUCAGGAAGUUUGGAACUUGUUCCAGCAGAUUAGUGUGAAGGCCAGCUCGAUGGUUUACUCCACCAAAGACUACAGGGAUCAUGGAUACAGACACUGUUCUCUGGCCGUGAUCAACGCUCUGGCCAACAUCGCAGCAAACCUGCAGACAGAGCAAAUGGUGGAUGAGCUGCUGGUGAAUCUGCUGGAGCUGUUUGUGCAGCUAGGGCUGGAGGGGAAACGAGCCAGUGAAAGAGCCAGUGAGAAGGGCCCGGCCCUCAAGGCGUCCAGCAGCGCUGGUAAUUUAGGAGUUCUCAUUCCUGUCAUUGCUGUGCUGACCAAACGUUUGCCGCCGAUAAAAGAGGCCAAACCGAGACUGCAGAAGCUGUUCAGAGAUUUCUGGCUGUAUUCGGUGGUGAUGGGCUUCGCUGUUGAGGGCUCAGGUUUGUGGCCGGAGGAGUGGUAUGAGGGAGUGUGUGAGAUCGCAACCAAAUCCCCCCUGCUGACGUUCCCAAGCGGAGAACCGCUGCGCUCAGAACUACAGUAUAACUCUGCCCUGAAGAACGAUACGGUCACUUCGGCUGAGCUGAAUGAUUUGAGAGGCACUAUCAUUAACCUGCUGGAUCCUCCGCCGGAGGUCGCUGCGCUCAUCAAUAAGCUGGACUUUGCCAUGUCCACCUACCUGCUGUCCGUUUACCGACUGGAAUACAUGAGGGUGUUACGCUCACUGGAUUCUGAUCGGUUUCAAGUGAUGUUUCGAUAUUUUGAGGACCGAGCGAUCCAGAAGGACAAAUCAGGAAUGAUGCAGUGUGUCAUUGCGGUGGGUGACAAGGUCUUUGAUGUAUUUCUUCAGAUGAUGGCUGACAAGGACAAGACCAAAGCCCAUGAGGAGGAGUUAGAAAAUCAUGCUCAGUUCCUGUUGGUCAACUUCAACCAUAUUCACAAGAGAAUCCGCAGAGUGGCUGACAAAUAUCUGUCAGGACUCGCUGAGACUUUUCCACACUUGUUGUGGAGCGGUCGUGUCCUGAGGACCAUGCUGGAUAUAUUACAGACCCUGUCUCUUUCUCUCAGUGCUGACAUCCACAAAGACCAGCCGUAUUAUGACAUACCGGACACCCCGUAUCGCAUCACAGUGCCGGAUACAUACGAGGCCAGAGAGAGCAUAGUGAAAGACUUCGCUGCCCGCUGUGGAGAAAUCUUAAAAGAGGCCAUGAAAUGGGCACCAUCGGUCACCAAAUCUCACCUACAGGAAUACCUGAAUAAGCAUCAGAACUGGGUGUCGGGUCUGUCUCAGCACACAGGUCUGGCUAUGGCCACUGAGAGCAUCCUGCACUUUGCAGGAUACAACCGUCAGAGCACCAGUCUGGGUACCACUCAGCUCACAGAGAGACCGGCAUGUGUGAAGAAAGACUACUCUAACUUCAUGGCCUCCCUCAACCUGAGAAACCGCUAUGCUGGAGAGGUGGCAGGGAUGAUCCAUUUCUCUGAGGCCACUCGGAGCACGUCGGAUCUGAAUAAGCUGAUGAUUCGGCAGAUGAAUGAAGCUCUGGACGGAGGCCAGCCGGAAGCUUUCACUGAAGUCAUGUUCAAAAUGGCGGCACUGCUGAUCAGCUCCAAAGAAUGGGACCCUCAGCUGCUGCAUCAGCUGUGCUGGUCUCCAUUAAAAAUGUUCACUGAGAAUGGCAUGGAAACGGCUAUUGCCUGCUGGGAAUGGCUCCUGGCUGCAAGGACAGGCGUUGAAGUCCCGUUCAUGCGGGAGAUGGCUGGCGCAUGGCAGAUGACCGUCGAGCUGAAGAUGGGGCUGUUCUCCGACGCCCAGGUGGAGGCAGAUCCUCUGGCGGCCUCGGAGGAAAGCCAGCCCGUCCCCUGCCCGCCCGACGUCACGCCCCACUACAUCUGGAUUGAGUUUCUGGUCCAGCGUUUUGAGAUCGCCAAGUACAGCAGUGCAGAUCAGGUGGAGAUUUUCGGCAGUCUUCUGCAGAGGUCUCUGUCUCUCAAUGUUGGCAGCCCAAAAAGCAGCCUGAACCGCCACGUGGCAGCCAUUGGACCACGCUUCAGGUUGUUGACGCUUGGACUUGCCCUCCUGCAUUCUGACGUAGUGACCAACACCACCAUCCGCAACGUCCUACGUGAAAAGAUUUACUCCACCGCCUUCGAUUAUUUCAGCGUGGCAUCAAAGUUCCCCACCCAGGGAGACAAGCGUCUCGAGGACAUCAGCAUCAUGAUCCGCUUCUACGCCAACAUCCUCUCCGAUAAGAAGUACCUAGCUGCUAGUCAGCUCGUGCCACCUGACAACCAGGAUCCGUCCCUGAACAGUUUGUCAGUGAUGAACGCCGCUGACCCGAGGAACAACAUGGACAUGACCGUGGGUUCCCGCCAGCAGAGCACUCAGGGCUGGAUUAACACCUACCCCCUGUCCAGCGGGAUGUCCACCACCUCCAAGAAAUCAGGCAUGUCCAAAAAGAGCAACAGAGGCACCCAGUUGCACAAGUACUACAUGAAGCGCAGGACGUUACUGUUGGCCUUACUGGCCAGUGAGAUCGAGCGACUGACCACUUGGUACAACCCGCUAUCAACACAGGAGCUGGCCAUCGCCACAGAGCAGUCGGUAGAGACCAGCAUCUCCAACUGGAGAUCCAAAUACAUAAACCUGAGUGAGAAACAGUGGAAGGACAACGUCAACUUGGCCUGGAGUAUCGCUCCGUAUCUGGCCAUGCAGCUUCCGCCAAGGUUCAAAAAUGCAGACGCCAUUGUUGCUGAAGUGACCCGUCUGGUUCGACUGGAUCCUGGUGCUGUCAGCGAUGUGCCGGAGGCAGUGAAGUUCCUGGUGACGUGGCACACCAUUGAUGCUGAUUCUCCAGAGCUGAGCCACAUCCUGUGCUGGGCUCCUGCAGAUCCUCCCACCGGCCUCUCGUACUUCUCCAGCAUGUACCCUCCUCAUCCGCUCACAGCUCAGUAUGGAGUCAAAGUCCUGCGCUCCUUCCCUCCUGAUGCCAUUUUGUUUUACAUUCCUCAAAUCGUUCAAGCACUGCGGUAUGACAAGAUGGGUUACGUGCGUGAGUACAUCCUGUGGGCCGCACAGAAGUCCCAGCUCCUCGCUCAUCAGUUCAUAUGGAACAUGAAGACCAACAUCUAUCUGGACGAGGAGGGCCAUCAGAAAGAUCCGGACAUCGGUGAGCUUCUGGAGCAGAUGGUGGAGGAUAUCACACACUCUCUGUCAGGCCCCGCUAAAGACUUCUACCAGCGCGAGUUUGACUUCUUCAACAAGAUCACCAACGUCUCCGCCAUUAUCAAGCCUGUUCCUAAAGGAGACGAGAGGAAGAGAGCGUGUCUGAAGGCGCUGUCAGAAAUCAAAGUUCAGCCAGGAUGCUAUUUGCCAAGCAAUCCAGAAGCUAUCGUCCUCGAUAUCGACUACAAGUCAGGAACACCCAUGCAGAGCGCUGCCAAAGCACCUUAUCUGGCGAAAUUCAAAGUGAAGAGGUGUGGAGUUAGCGAGCUUGAAAAAGAGGGUCUGCGCUGUCUGUCAGACUCUCAGGAUGAAGGUGAUGAGAAUUCAGAGGUGGCUCAAAAGAUCUGCUGGCAGGCGGCCAUCUUUAAAGUGGGCGAUGAUUGCAGACAGGACAUGCUCGCCCUCCAGAUCAUCGGUCUCUUCAAGAACAUCUUUCAGCUGGUGGGUUUGGACCUGUUUGUGUUCCCGUACCGGGUGGUGGCCACAGCUCCUGGAUGUGGCGUGAUUGAAUGUAUUCCGGACUGUAAGUCCCGCGAUCAGCUCGGCCGGCAGACUGAUAUUGGUAUGUACGAAUACUUCAGGAACCAGUACGGGGACGAGUCCACACUGGCCUUCCAGAAGGCUCGUUAUAACUUCAUCCGCAGUAUGGCCGCAUACAGUCUUCUGCUCUUCCUGUUACAAAUCAAAGACCGACACAACGGCAACAUCAUGCUGGACAGCAAAGGCCAUCUCAUCCACAUCGACUUCGGCUUCAUGUUUGAGAGUUCUCCGGGGGGUAAUCUGGGCUGGGAGCCUGACAUCAAGCUGACCGACGAGAUGGUGAUGAUCAUGGGCGGCAAGAUGGAGGCCACUCCCUUUAAAUGGUUCAUGGAGAUGUGUGUGCGCGGAUACCUGGCAGUAAGGCCAUACAUGGAUGCUGUCGUCUCACUGGUGACGUUGAUGCUCGACACGGGGCUGCCGUGCUUCAGAGGACAGACGAUCAAACUCCUGAAGCAAAGGUUCAACCCCAACAUGAGUGAGAAGGAAGCUGCGGCCUUCAUGAUUAAAGUCAUCGAGCGUUGCUUCCUCAGCAGCAGGAGCAAAACCUACGACAUACUGCAGUUCUACCAGAACCAGAUCCCAUACUGAGACCGGACUGACUUCUCUUCACCGGCCUCCGCUUGAGAUCAGUAGUCAUUAUCAGUCUAUUACAAUCCUUUAUGACGAGCACUUUAUAGAUCAGAAUAAAUCCCCUGCUCUGAUUGGCCCCGAUGGCGGCCUCCAGGCGUGUCACUUCCUGUCCAGCUGCCUCGGGGCCUCUCUAGUGAUCCGCUGUACUCCAAAAGCUGCAUGUUUGUCCUCUAGUCUCCCUUUAAGGCAUCUGCCAUGAUGGUUCGUGUGAGAAUUUUGACAUUCCAUGCGUAGAAAUACAUCCUUUAACUCUACUUGAAUCUCUGGGUUUAGUCGCGUCACCCAGGAAGCCAUUUCUAAGACUAUGGCACAGAUUGCACUGUAGAUUACGUGCCGUCAGCAAAUGACCUGUGUUAUGCAAUACAUCAGUGUUUGUACGUUGUAUCUCGUCUGUAUGUCAUGUUCGGCACUGAAUGGGUGAAUCUCACAAAAGCUGUCAAGUAUGAGAAUUAUAGUUUUGCAAGAAAAUUGUCUAUUUUUAGGAUGAUUCAAUAUUUUGUGCAUAGCACAUUUUUAAACAUGAUUUCUUGUUAUUUUAAGCUUAAAUGUCACUAAAUAUUUAUACAUUACGUUGGUAUUUAUUGUUCUGCCUUUAUUUAGUUGAUUUAAAUAAAGAAGAAUUACAGCAUUUUGUUUACUAUAAUACAACAAAAAUGAUUGUAUAGCAAAGAAAUAGUAUCUGAAUGCAUUACGGUAAAACAGCUUGCUUGGCUAGAAUAAUAUCAAUAAUACAGAUAAAAAAUAAUGCAAAAUGCAACAUUCCUUAAAAUAGGCUUCUUUUUUUUUUUUUGUGCAUUGUGACAUUGUGCAUAGCACAUUUUUAAACAAAAUUUCACAUUAAUAUAAUGCAAAAUAUCACUAAUUAACAUUUAUACAUCAUGGUGGUAUUUGUUGCACUGCCUUUAAUUUUUGUUUAUUUUAAUGAAGAAAAUGAAUGUGAAAAAAUAGUACAAUGUCUGAAUGCAUUACAGUACUGAGAAAUAAUGCAAAAUAUCUUCAUGCUUCUCAUAAUGUUUACUUUUUUUCUUGCACUGUGACAUUGUGCAUAGCACAUUUUUAAUGCAACUUCUCAUUAAUGUAAUGCAAAAAUGUCAAUUUUAUACAUGGUGGUAUAUGUUGUACUGCCUUUAAUUUGUGUUAAUUAAAAAAAUAUAUAUAAUAAUUUUUUACUAUAAUAUAACCAAAAAUGAGAAUUGUGGGGGAAAAUGCAUGCUUGGCACAAAUAAUGCAAAUAACAUACUGCAAAAUAUCUCAAUGCUUAUGAAAAUAGGAAAAAAACAUUUUUGCCUUGUGCACAUUGUUCAUUUUGCUAUACGUAAUACAACAAAAAUGACUGUAUUACACAAAAUGAUGAGAAUUACAAAAAAACGAGUGCAUUACGAUAAUGAGAAUUGUGCAAAUAAUAAUCCAAAAUAUCUGAAUGCUCCUGAAAAUAGGCUUUUAUUUUCUUUAUUUAAAAUAUAAUUUUGAUUUUAGGGUGAAACAUGAGCUGAAUGUGUUUUUGUGAGAUUCACUCAGAUGUCGUUUGUGUUUUACUCCUAACAGGGAUCUUCAACCCAAAAAGAAAAUAUAGUUUACUGACUUAAAGGAAUAUCUGGUGUCAUUUUGCAUGUGUUUAUAAAACACUGAAGAUGUAAUUUCAUAGUGCACAAAAAAUAUGGAACUGCGAGUAUUACCUUCACUAGAAAGAUUUGCUGUAGAGUUGCUGUUCCUCAUAUGCUGUCGUAGUUUUACUCGCUAUCAGUGAAUAGAUUUCAAAUCAUCUCUACACAUUACAGACAAAAGCUUUAGUCUUACGAAUCAUUUUCCUCAAAGAUAAGAGAUUAUUUGAGCUGUAUAGCAACAAUAGAUUAUAGAAGCUAUAGUUCAUUUGUGUGUAUAUAUAUAUGUGCGUCGGAUAUUUGUGACAAUAUGGCAGAUGUUGAAGUUGUAUCUGUUUAAUUAGUGUUUUAAUUGAUUUGCAUCAUCACUGACAAUCAAGUCGCUUGUUGUGUUCUGUGUGUGAAUCCAUUGACAUUGAUUGUUUGUUGGUGUAAACCACGUCAUCGUGUGCAGGGAACGUUUCUUAACCUCAUCACAAGCCGUCACCGAUGAUAUACGCCUUUGUCCACAUUUGCACUUUUAACAUUUCAUUGCUGUCAGUGUAAUCAAUCAAAUGUAUUUGUGAACAGAAAUGGACCUGAAAGCAUCUAUUAAAAUGUAAACACUUGGACGAAACUGUGCUGCUUCUAGUCUUUGAGAGUAAUCUGCGACGAUUGCGUUCCAUUAUUCAUCGUAGAACCCGAUCCUGUGUGUGUUUUACCUAGAGGACGCGUUAGAUGCUCUAUUAAUAUUUAAUUGCUUGAUGUAGCCGGCGGUGGCAGAUCAGAUCUGCUGAGCUAAUGCUGGAGCGGGAGACCAUCGCAUUAAUGCAGCUUCCGCAUUAAACGCUUCUAAACUCUCGGAUGAGCCUCGUUUGAACACUGUAAAAGAAAGCAACACUCCACAGGAGUCUGUGUGUUAGUUUUACAAGUAAAGCAGAUUAGUAAUAUGAUAAAAGACACAAUCAACUUCUGCCAAGAGCUUCAAACGAGGCUUUAGAGUUCAAAUGAGUUUUAUGAUGGCCAAUUGCACAUCAGUUGAAGUAAUUAAUAAUAAUUUCCUAGAAAGCAGUACGGUAGUUUACAGUUAGGAUAACGAACUAUAUUUCAUGGUUGGAACAGUUGAUGUAAUUAAUGAAUUAGUUAAUGAACAUUGGUAGUUUUAUUAUAUUGUUUUUAUAAUGCACCGCAGUGAUAUUUUAGAAUC